AUGACACAAUCUUCAGAGUCAAUGGAUUAUUUGUUUAAAUUUCUCAUUAUCGGAAAUGCAUCUACUGGAAAAUCUUGUAUAUUGCAUCAAUUUUUGGAAAAUAAAUUUAAAAAUGAUAGUGCACAUACAAUUGGUGCUGAAUUUGGUUCAAAAAUACUAAAUGUAGGAGACAAAACAGUAAAACUUCAAAUUUGGGACACUGCUGGACAAGAAAGAUUUCGAUCAGUAACACGUAGUUAUUAUCGUGGUGCAUCCGGUGCUUUACUUGUUUAUGAUGUUACAUGUCGAGAAAGCUAUAAUGCAAUAACAAAUUGGCUAUCGGAUGUGCGCACAUUGGCUAGUCCAAAUAUUGUAAUUAUUCUAUGUGGAAAUAAAAAGGAUUUAGAAGAUGAGCGUCAAGUAACAUAUCUUGAAGCAAGUCGUUUUGCACAAGAACAUGAAUUAAUGUUUCUUGAAACGUCUGCAUUGAAAAAUGAAAAUAUAACCGAGGGUUUUAUUCAAUGUGCUCGUAUUAUUCUUCGAAGAAUUGAAUCAGGUAGUAUUGAUCCAUUUCGAAUGUAUUCAGGUAUUCAAUGUAAUCGUUCGAUUGCUGCUCAUAAAAAUGAAACUGUGUCUAAUAAUACAUUGCAGAACUCAACAAAAAAUUGUGCAUUAUGUCAAACAUAA